AUGGGUGUCACAAUCGUCAUGAACCACAUCAAAUCAGAUCAGCCCCAGCGCCAUAUAAGGUCACUCUACAUCCCAUCCUACCACCCGGUUGCCAAGCACAUGGCGCACAUCGCGUACACCUCGACACGACGGCAGCGUCGACACCUUGAUGAAGCGCUGUACAAUGCGUUCACCACCGCUGAAUUUCGUGACGGAGAGUGGCUGAGGCACGACCCAAGAACGACAUACCACGACUUAUCGAGAUACCGGUACAUGCUUCUUCCCCCACGAACCCGAGACGAACUCGAUCGCAUGCCCGAGCCUUUCAGCCUGCGCACCCGCACUCUGUACCACCCAGUCAUCCACUCAUCGACCGACCUACUUGUCUGCCAAGCUCGUCUGCAAUCUUGCAUGCGCAUCCACCGCAUAAUGCCAUAUAUCCACGUACCCCCAAACCUUAAGUCGCAUGUGUGGGUAGUACGUAGAUCCAGUAUUCUCCACCUCGCGCAGCACGAUCCCUUUCCCGGAUCUCCUCAGCCAAGUCCGAAACCACCACCAACAUCAAACAUCAACAUCCAAAGCCCCCAUCCCAUCUCGGCACACGUUAUCAAGCGUGAGAAGAGACAAGAAACCGCCCAGCACCUACGCGCCUCGUCAAGCUCCGCAACAAGUCGUACGCGCGUUCUCUCCUUGCCGUUGGAGCAGAGGCGACCCAAGAGCGCGGGUGCGUACGUCGUGCUGACCGACCAGUUCCUACAGACCACACAAGGCCUGGAGCGGGCGCGCAAGCGUUGA